CUUUCUGGCAACUCUCUCUCCCAGCUCCACAUUUGAGCUCCUUGUGACGAUGUUACGGCAAACUCAUAGAAGUUCUACACCAUUUGUUUGAGAUCACAGAUGCUUAGUAUUUCCUCCGGAUAUGUCAAGCUCCUUCCUUACGAGGCCAACAAAGCUAGGAGACCCCAGGAGGGUCAACAUUUCAUCCCCUCAUUUCUGAGCGUGGUCUCAGUACUUUGAACUCGUCACAUCGACAAUCGAUUUGAAGACACCAGCAAGCAGCUCUGGAUAUGACACAGUCUUUACCACUAAUGCGAUAGCUAUCACGCUGACAGAAUGCCACCGGCUGUUACCAGCGCACAGGCUGCGCCUCCCGUGGCGAAUCGACGUGAUUCUAUGAAACCUCCCAUCAACACUCACGGGAGCCCCUCCUCGCAUACGAACGGACACAUGGAGGCAUCAGCGCCGCACGGUCAUCAGAAACUCGUGUUCACCGAUCCUGUAGCCCUUCGGUAUCUGGAGGAAGACCCUGCGACAGUUGUGCUCCAUCGACGCCUCAUCCUGGAGGGUUACGAGAUAUACAUCGUUGAGCAAUGGGCUUGUUCAAGAGUACACCCGACAUUUGUGAUUACGACUUACACGGGCGAUCCUUCGCACAAGGUCUUGGUGGGAGUCCUCAGUGUCCCAACUGACGAAAACACCUGGUCUCCGCGUUUGAAACUGUACUUCAACGCCGUCACGCAAUGUCAAGCACGAACGAAAGACACACCUCUGGGCACCGUCAUGGUAACUGACCUGAGCUCGUUUCCGUCUGCGCUGACGGUCAUCCCAGUCCCCGACGGUGACAUACUCCGACACAAGGACGAUUUUAUCGUCAAUGAAAACCUGAAACGGCUCUCCUGCGCCGGCCGGGCCGGCUUAAAGCUACAGCCUCCUUCACCUGCCACCGUGGCAAAGUUUUAUCAACUCUAUCGGACCAGCGAGCGAGUACCUGUGUAUAGUGCUGUAAUAGAGCUCGUCAAACAAUGCCAGAUCGCGCUGACAAUGUUUGGCCUCUUGGCACCUGAAUAUGUGGAUGGGCUGCUCUGCGAUGUCACCGAGACCGCAAUCAAUGAUUGGUGGACCGAGUUUGGGAUUGAUUUGUACAACCUAGAACCAAGUGACGGUGUACUGGGACCGACAACUGUAGCUGCGCUGCUGGGCACAUUCAUGGGAGCUCGUAAUCGACUUCAUGCCUUCGGUGCCCCGGUAGGGAAAGACGCCUUCGAUAUACGCAGUCUCAAGAGGGCAAUUGAGAGCUUUCAAAAGUCACAGAAGAUGGAACGGACACGCAGACUGGACCGCCAAACUCUCGACCGGCUUCACCGUGUAACUGCCAAGGCGGCAAAUGCUGAAGGCUGGACGGACGCAGUCAAGUCAACGAUGGCCGAAUUGAGCGGACAUGGGGGUGAGAUGGUCAUGGGUAUGGUACGGGGCCGGGAAAAGGGUGGCAUCGCCGAUAUUGAGACCCUGGAGCUGGACAACUUCGCAUCGCUACCACGUAAGGGUGGGCUAGGUGAUGGCUUCGCUCGUGAUCCGCCUGCUGCGGACAUGAUGUUCAACAGGGAUGAUCAAGGCAACUAUGUGUGGACAAGUAGGAAACACCAUUCGCACGAAGAUCUGGCUGGUGACCGAUCCUUUCAAGGCUCAGACCGUCCGUGGAGGCAGCCUGAAACGGGGGCCGCACCGGACGAAAAGGAUCAGAACCUCAGUCGCAUGGUUCGGAGGGGUGUUAGUGGCAAGGUGUCAGACGCACGAAUCGGAUUUGGAAGGUUCAAAGAAGCAGUUGGACUGCCCAGCCUUCGAUCUCAGCACCACAAGCAGACGAAAGACGGGGCGGAGUUGAUGGGUGAUGCGGCUUACAUGCCAGCUCUCGAAAGCGAUGCGGAGAUGCCUGUGCUAAAAGCAGAGGCUGAUGCUAACCUGACUGAUCAGGAAAGUAUUUCUGAGCCUCACGACCAGACACAGUUUGACGCAGCAAAGGCAGAGCCACCAGCGAGUACUGGUGGUUCGACAGUCUCCGAAUUGAAAGCUCCGAAAAUCACUGUUGAUUCUCCACGAGAUAAUGAGGAGACUGGUUCAGCACGAAAACCCUCGACAAGUCAGCUGGAAGAGGACGAGUCAGAUCUAGGGCGGUCCAGGACACGAUCGACCGAUGCAUCUGUUAGUCAGGACGAUCUCUCUCGAUUCGAUCUGAUGUUAUUGCGCCGACCGCAGAGCUGCAUAGAGUUCACCACGACAGAUGACUUCGAACGUAGAAGCAAUGGUUGGCCUCGCCACCUGUCCUUCAGUAUUGUUGAAGACGUCGUACUUGGCUGGGAAAGCCUGGGAGGCCGAGAAGCACUGCAGCCUAAGCCAGAUGCCACUCUAGAGCAAGCCGCUGCGCUUGAGGACACGCUGGCCUCUGAUGUACGGAUGUUUAGUUCCAAAAUCGAGGAGCUGAGCCAUCACACAGUUCCGUGGGUGGAAAGACAAGUGAACUCGGUGGACGAAUUGAACCGGAAGCUCUAUGAGUCACAGGAGAACAUCAACUCAAUCUACCUAGACCAGGCUGAGAAAUAUCAACAAAUGAGGGAACGCUCCAGUGAAUUGCUGACGGAGGAGCACACCUACCUUGUUGAUACUAUGAAACGCGUCGAGAUGAUGGGAGCCAAGCUGGAUUAUGAGCUCAAUGUCCUCGAGUCCAAAGUCGAGGACGUGGAGAGCGGCCUUGGGGAAUUCGAGCGGCAUGUGUUGGAGCUUGAAACAAGGAUGAAAGGACUGAUAAAGAACGAGGAAGAGAAGAAGAGCAAUUCAUGGUUGUCGCGGUUGGGAAGAUUUGUUGGAAUGUCUUCUAGGUGA